UACGUCGCUGACAAAUCGCAUCAAGCUCAUUCAGAUGUGGGCUAAUAAGAGAAAUGGCCACUUAUCAAUUAUACAGAACAGAUUUCAACGGACUCUUGGUGACUCGGCUUUAAUAAACGAAUACCUACACAGCUUUGGGUGCAAACAAAUUUUAGAAGAUCAAGAUAUUGAACUCCAGCGACACGCCAAACACAAACAAUAUCAUGUCGGGGAGCAAUUAAAAAUGACAGUGCAUAAUAUUCCGUAAUUCCGAAAUUUGGAGCGGUCUAAUGGUUGACCGUCUGUUUAGUGGGGGCUCAGCGAUCAAUUGAGCCGAACGAUCACUGAUCGCCGCAGUCAAAAAGCGCUUAAUGCGCAAAUAAUUGUGAGUUUCCAAAAACUGGGCUAGCAAGAAUACCGUAUAAAUAGGGCCUGAGCCAUCGAGGAGAUUCCAAAAUCAACCCAAACUCCAAGUAUACAGAAUGCUGCGAGAGAUCUACUUCUUCCUGCUCAGCUGUUUGGCCCUCGAGGCUGCCCUGGCCUGUAAUGGGUACAAGGCCAAGCUGGUGAAGAUGGAGAACUGCGCCGGCGAGGAUGCCAUCAUGACGGUGGGCAGUGACUUCAGCCUGAAGCUGAACAAGAAGUGCGAGCUGGUGCCAUCGGGCUGCAUUAGCAAUAAGCCAUUUGGAACGGCCGUGGCCAAGUUCAAGGUGCAGAAGGACGGCAUCGUGAUGAAGGAGGGCAAGAUCGACCUGUGCGCCGCCAUCGAUCAGGCCUCCACGGAGGGCAAGGACAUGCUGAAGCUGUUCGGAGCCCCCUCCUCGUGUCCCGUGGCCGAGGAGAAGGUCUGCGCCAACGAUCACUCCGUCGAUCUGAGCAAGUACAAGGCCAUGCUGGGCAUGGCCCGCGGUCACCUCAUCAUCGAUUCGGAGAUCAAGCACGACACAGGCAAGUCCUGCUUCCAUGCCGAGAUCGAGCUCUCCAAGAACUAGUGGGGAAACCCCAUAGUAAAUUCUAUGUUUAUAUUAUGAGUCUUGCAAAUCUUGUAGUUGUAAAUACGAACGCAAAUUAAACUGGUAAUGAGGUGCACACACACAAAACAAAUAUACAAAAAAUACCGAACAAA